GAAAAAAUAACUUUAGUGAAAAGUUUGUAAAGAUCAUAAAAUAAGCCUAGAAUGAUUUAAAAUAAAUUUUAAAGAGAGUUCAUAGUUUUUAAAAAGCAAGAAUAGAAGCACUUGUAUCCAUGUUUUUAUCAAUUCUGCUAGAAUUCUGAGUAAUUAAGGGAAAAUAUCUCACUUUCUAAUGAACCCCUGCGUUUGUGUGCGCGCACGCAUGCGUGCGCCCGCCACUUCGUCCCCUGCGCGCUCCCGCAGCCCGCACACUCCAGCCAAUCAGAGCGCGGCAUUCCGUGUCGGAGGAGCAGCAAUGGCGGAAACAAUGAAGCCGAGUGGAGAUCACGCUCCUCCCAGCGAGCCCACCAACAUGUCCAGCUACAAGGAAUGCGUGGAUAUGAUACUGAAGCUGCUUGCAGACUUCGGGAAAGAGCUGAAAUUAGGUGAGGCUGCUUUAAGAAUCGAAGUCGACUCCUCUGCUGUGAACCUCCAGUCAUGUCCUGCUGCUCAUGUCCACAGCUGUUUGCAAGACCACAUCACAAAAUUACAGACCGCUUCAGAAAGCCUCAAGAUGCUGGCAAACGCUGACGGCGAUGCAUCAUCCGUGCAGGACAGCACAUCAGAUGACGUCGUCACCUCAUCUUCAGCCAGAGAGCAGACGGCGGCGCCCUCGGAGCAGCAUCCGCACGGCGGCGAGGCUGCGGAGAGCAAGGCGACGUCUGAUGAUGUCAUGAUUCAGAUCAGAGCCGGGAAGUCAGAGAUUGAACGAAGAAUAUCUGCAUUUAUGGAACGCAAGCAGAUGGAGAUCAAUGAAAACAAUGUGCGCGAGUUUUGCAACGUGAUCGACUGCAAUCAGGAAAACAGCUGUGCCAGAACAGAUGCAGUGUUCACCCCUUACCCGGGGUUUAAAAGCCACGUAAAAGUCACGCGGGUCGUAAACGCAUACGGGCCCCAGACCCGCGGUGGGGGACGCCAAGGGGAGGCGGCGGAGCAGCUGCGGGGGACAAUGCUAAGAGACUGUGGAAAUUCAGCCAUUGAAGAGCGUCUUCAAAAUAUCGAGAGUCAUCUGAAACUCCCAACAGUCGGUCCAGUUCCGGUGAGCGUUUACCACAGACUCAAGAAGGUGGAGGAUCGUAUCCUGGAGUUGGAGGGACUCUCACCCGAGUACUUUCAGUCCACGAGUCACCUGCACAAGCGGCCAAAGACAUCCGCCGCUCAGACCUGCAGCUUGACAGAGCUGGAUGAGAAGAUAAGCGCAGUGAAAGCAGCGCUGCUCAAAAGAGUGACAGAUUUUGGGCCCGGAUACGGGACGGAGUGUCCGCUGUGAUGUAUGUUUUGGCAGGAGAAUCAUCUCCUCUGUAGCAUCAGCUUCUUCUUUUUUUUUUUUAAUUUUUGCACCUCAUCACAUCAUUCCCAGCGCAUCCAUGUAAAUGAAAAACACACUUAAACAUUAUCUUUGUUGU